CGUAAUUUUGGUGCCGAAGAUUAUCAACUGUUGCCAAUGUACUUAAGACCGAGACGACUUUUCGUUUGUAUCUAUUCUUCGACUAGUGCGCAGCCAAAUGUUAACAUCGAUUUGAACAAUGUUUUUUGUCGUGGUUUUAACCGUGCUUUCCUUGCCGUUCCUUUGGUGGUAUUUUUUUCUGCAAAAAUUUAAAUCGCUUAGUCUCAUUCCAGGUCCGAGGCUUCUUCCAAUUGUCGGAAAUGCAUUCGAUAUUGGCGACUCACCCACAGGUCUGUUCAACAAUUGCGCAAAGUUGCUAAAUCAGUAUGGAGACGUUUUCAAAUUAUUCAUCGGCAAUGAAUGCAAAGUUUUCAUUGCAAAUGCAGAUUUUCUCGAGGAAAUUAUGAGUUCCAACGUACACAUCAAGAAAUCGAAAGCAUACGACUCUGUGAAGCCUUUUUUGAACGAUGGACUGUUAACGAGCACGGGAUCGAAGUGGAAAAAACGCAGGAAGCUGAUAACGCCAACAUUUCAUUUUAAAAUAUUGGAUCAAUUCCUUGAAGUUUUUAACUCAAGUACUGACAUCCUUAUCGCGAAAUUGUCGAGCGAAGUCGGAAAGGACUGGACAGACAUUUACCCUUACAUAAAUCUAUUUUCGCUUGACGUAAUCUGCGAGACUGCAAUGGGUGUGAAAAUUUCCUCUCAAGAAGGCAAAAAUUCCGAAUAUGUACAGGCUCUUUUUCAUUAUCUUGACAACACGACAGUACGUGGUUUUUCUGCGUGGAAACGAUUCGACUUUCUUUUUAAAUUUGCGGCGGAAUAUCCUUUACAUGAAAAAAGCUUAGAUACUUUGCAAAAAUUUCCAACUGGCCUCCUAGAAAAACGUCGUUUAGAAAAAAGUCAAGAAGUCGUAGAAAAUACUUCAGAUAUUGGAAUGAAACGAAGAGUAGCAUUGUUGGACUUGUUGCUCGAAUCAGAAGACUUAACUAACGACGACAUUAAGGAAGAAAUUAGUACUUUUAUGUUUGCGGGUCACGAUACCACGACUUCUGCAGUUACCUUUGCAUUGCUAGCAUUGGCAGAAAAUCCAGAAAUACAGCAAACGGUGCACGAGGAAAUUUUGGCGGUAGUUGGCGACGAAAAGUACGUGUCGAUGCAGCACUUACAAGACACCAAAUAUUUGGAAAUGGUAAUCAAAGAGGUGCAGCGGAAGUACAGCGUAGUGCCGUUGGUCGAACGCCAGUUAGAAAUGGAUGCUACUAUAUGUGGUAUUGAUUUUCCUAGAGGUGCUACGUUGAGUUUGUAUCUUUAUGGCGUUCACCACAACGAAAAAUAUUUUCCCGAUCCGGAAAAAUUCGAUCCCGAUAGAUUUUUGUCUCAUAGACAAUCAGAAAGACACAACUACGCAUUCGUGCCUUUUAGUGCUGGUCCUAGAAAUUGUGUUGGUCAAAAAUUUGCGAUGCUCGCCAUGAAGGUGAUAAUCAUAAAAAUUCUGAAGGAGUUUAAAAUUAUCCAAGUGCCUGACCACAAACCUCAGCUGGGAAUGGCUGCAGUGUUGAAAUCUUACAAUGGAGUGCGGAUUCGGCUUAUGCGAAGAGAUACUGAUUUCAACGGUCCUCUGCGUACCGUUUGUGUGGUGGUAUUGUUUUUUGAAAAAGUUUCAAUCUCUUAAUGUCAUUCCUGGCCCAAG